GCUGGCUGGUCGGUGCGCGCCCGGGGAGCCUCUGCCUUCGCCGAGUGGCCAGCCGAGGGCGAGCGAAGGCGCGAGCCUACUGGGGACUGUGAGCGGAGCGCAGGAGCCGGUGGCGACAGAGCCGGACCGCGAAAGUGCUCUGGGCUCUUGGGCGCGCCCUGCAGCCGCGCUCCAUGGUCCGGCCGCGGCCCAGCCCCUCGCCCCGUCGCUGACGGCGCCCGCCGCCCCGGGCAGCACCCAUGCUCCGCGCGCUCCGGGAGUCGUAGGCUGCAGCUGCGCCGCGGCGCCGGGAGCCGGCGGGGGCGCCGCGGCCGUGGGGGGCGUCAAUGGAUCGCCAUUCCAGCUACAUCUUCAUCUGGCUGCAGCUCGAGCUGUGCGCCAUGGCCGUGCUGCUCACCAAAGGUGAAAUCCGGUGCUACUGUGAUGCCGCCCACUGCGUGGCAACUGGCUAUAUGUGUAAAUCAGAGCUGAGCGCCUGCUUCUCCAGACUUCUUGAUCCUCAGAACACAAAUUCGCCUCUCACCCAUGGCUGCCUGGACUCUCUUGCAAGCACAGCAGACAUCUGCCAAGCCAAACAGGCACACAACCACUCUGGCCCCACCAUGCCCACGUUGGAAUGCUGUCAUGAAGACAUGUGCAAUUACAGAGGGCUGCAUGAUGUUCUCUCUCCUCCCAAGGGGGAGGCCUCAGGACAACGAAACAGGCAUCAGCAUGACGGUAGCAGAAACCUCAUCACCAAAGUGCAGGAGUUGACUUCUUCCAAAGAAUUGUGGUUCCGGGCGGCUGUGAUCGCUGUUCCCAUCGCCGGAGGCCUGAUUUUAGUGUUGCUCAUUAUGUUAGCCCUGAGGAUGCUUCGAAGUGAAAACAAGAGACUGCACGAUCAGCGGCAACAGAUGCUCUCCCGUUUGCACUACAGCUUUCAUGGACACCAUUCCAAGAAGGGGCAGGUGGCCAAGUUAGACUUGGAAUGCAUGGUGCCCGUGAGUGGCCACGAGAACUGCUGUCUGACCUGUGAUAAAGUGAGACAGGCAGACCUCAGCAACGAUAAGAUCCUCUCGCUGGUUCACUGGGGCAUGUACAGUGGGCACGGGAAGCUGGAAUUCGUAUGACGGAGUCUUAUCUGAACUGGACUUCUUGGACGCUUGAAGGCCUCUGAGUUCUGCUGGACAGGAGCACUUUAUCUGAAGAAAAACAAACUCGCAUAAUCAUCUUUGAGAGACACAAUGACCUCUGCAAACAGAAUCUUGGAUAUUUCUUCUGAAGGAUUAUUUGCACAGACUUAAAUACAGUCAAAUGUAUUAUUUGCUUUAAAAUUAUAAAAAGCAAAGAGAAGACUAUGUACACACUGUUACCAGGGUUAUUUGCAUCUGAGGGAGCUGGAAUCGAGUACCUUAAUAAACUAAAAUGUGCUCCGUGUAAGCUCCUACAGCUUGAUUUAUUGUAAAGAUUUAAAAAUAUAUAUAUAUAUUUUGUCUGAAAUUUAGUGGUGUCUUGUCAUAAAUUAAAAACUAAGUGGGAAGUGUAAGAAACUUCAUGUAAAUUAUAGAAAUGAAGAUCUGUUGAUGCUUACAGUAGGGUCUCGACUAUAGGAUUUGGCUUGAUUAUUAUUAGUUUUUUUUAAAGAAGACCAAAAUCUCGUUUAUUCUUACAUGUGUAGUAGUUUUCUUACAGCGUGGAAAAUUUCUAAAUGUGGACUGCCCAUCAUUCAAUGUCUUACCCACUUUUUUUUUGUCUUUUCUUUUGGUGAGGAAGAUCGGCCCUGAGCUAACAUCCAUCCGUGCCCAUCUUCCUCUAUUUUUUGUAUGUGGGCCGCCGAAGCAGAGCGUGCGAAUUUAAAUCACUAUGCCGCUGGACCGGCCCCUUAGCCACAUUUUUUUUGUUAGGAUAAUUCUAGUUUUUAACUUUGAUCUAAGAGAAAUCUUAAACUUAUUUAUACCAGGCCAGAUAUGAUGGAUCAAUUUUUGAAAUCACCUUAGCAAAGGUAAUAUUUAUCAGCUUGAUCUAGUUGCUCUGGAAUACCUUUUUAAAUGUGUCUACCUCCAACCAAAAAAGAAAAAAAACACCACUAAAUGAAACCUUUUGUUUGUAGUUAAAGUUAUUCUCUGCCUGCUUUUACUGUUGAUUAAUUCAUCGGUUUACUCUGUCUGAAACCAAAUUAAAUAUUUGAGACUCCAGAUUAGCCAAAUUUUGUUGUACCAUGGCUGCUAGUUUUCAAACUUUCCUUCAACAUAGUGUUAUACUCACAUUUUUUUUUUACUUCUCAAUUUUUAGAAAGGUUUUCAGUAGUGAAUGUCGUAUAUCAAUUGAGAUUUAAAUAACACGCAGUUUCCUCCCCCAAAUGAUCCUUUAAAUGUAACCAAAUAGAGCAUUGACUUUAGCUACUAACUAAUACACUGCGUUUCUACUCCUGUAGACUUUGUGUCUGGCAACACUGCCCAGCCUGAAUUUAAAACCAUGCCAGGUUUGUGUACUUUUCCCCCAAAAUGGGCCUUUGUUAUCUUAAUCUGAGAAUAAUUUGCCAGGUAGGGUUUUUUUCAUGAUUCUUUUGUAUAUUUGAAACUUUUGCUUAAAAAUUAACCUAUAGUCUACAUAUUUGAGUAUGAGGUUUUCUUCUAUGAGUGUUAAAGGAUUUUUUUUGCAUAUUUUCUGGAAUAUUUUAUGAUAAGCAUAAUUUGGGUCCCUUAGGACGGAUGCAGUAGCCAAGUUCAUGGAAGAAUCUGAGUUGACAUGACUAGUCUAAAAAUGAAUACCUAGAUUAUUUAAUAAUUAAUAGACCACAGCUCCAAACAAAUUAGGCUAUGGAAUAAAUAUGCAUUUUAAUAAAUGA